AGCAGCAGCAUUUGAGGUCCGCAGCGGUCCCUUGUCCUCCUCCCUCUUUGUACUCGACACCCAUAGUGCCGAAGUAUUCGCAUUCCCCAACCUUGAACUCAGUAGCAAGAGAUAUGUCAGGAUUUUUGUCGUCCAUCGCGGACAGGGCGCAAUCGGCCAUCCAGUCGUCCUCCUUGGCCCAGCAUAUUCCGGGCAGCUACGGGCGGCCGACGAGCCCUGGGGCAGCAGAUCACUCAGCAGAGGGGAAGACACCGCGCAGGUCGCAUGCGCUGGAGGCGAUUCAGCACCAGAUCCGGGCCUUUGGCCAGCAAUACUCGAGCUCGACGACGCCCGUGCAGAGGAUCAUCACUGCUGAGAAGGGCGUCGCGCUCGAUAUCGACAGCCUGUCCCGGGACGCCAAGGGACAGAGCAAGGAACUGUACAUGUGGGGCCAGAAAGAGGAUCAGGAUGUGAAAGAUGUCACCGACCGCCUCGCAUACCUCAACUUCGUCCUGGGAGGCCUCUCUGACACGUUAGCCUCCAAGCUGGACGCCGCGCGCGCGCCCAUGAAGGCCCUGCGGGACGCCGAGACUAGCCUCACCCCCCGCCGGAACGCGCGUGCGUCUCUGGAGAACCAGAUCUCCAGGAUCGAGAACGAUCAGCCCAAGGGCAUGGAGAAGAAGCUGAGCGAGCUCCGGCAGCAGCUCGCCAAGGCGUACCAAGACGAUGAUCCCCUGGAGAAAGAGGUGGAGCUCCUGAAGAGGAAGGCUAUAAGGGAGAGCGAGAGUCAGAAGUGGGCGGCGUUGAGAGAGUAUGGUGAAAAGCUGUCCCUCUUGGCCCAGGCGUCUGAAGGUCUCAUCGCGGCACUUCCGUCCGUGCCUCCAACUGCUUCCCAACCAUACACUGGUGCGCAAGCCACGGGAGAGCUUCGCGCUACUCUGCAGCAUGCCCUCGACAACUAUAAGCCAGGCCAGAUCGACCUGUACACCUACAACAGCAACCCGUCGAACCUGCGGAAGUCGGACACGCGCAGCUUCGGCGAGACGCAUGCGUCAGAGUUAUCUAGUAUCCACAGCGCGGAUGCGUCGGGGACGACGCAGCCAGGAAUUCCUCUGACGCCUCCGGCGCACGAUACCCAUUUGCCCGCUCACGCUGUCCCAUCUCCUGACCCUUCCACAACGUCUUUGAAGUCGGACGUAUCGGUCAAGUCUGGAUCGCCAGGUGUUGGUCGCACGGCGUCCCCGCCGCAGGUGCAGUCUCCGCCACUGAACCCGGCUUUGUUGAACCAAGCACCUGCUCCGAUCCCCGUGCCGUCGUCUCCUCCUGCAUCCAAUGUGUCGCCUGCGGUACCCGUGGACCCCAUCAACCCUAGCCAGAAGGUCCCGGCGAUCACACCCACGGUAGCAGAGACAGGGGUGCCGGUGUCUGCUGGCGCUGAUGGACCCGGGCCCGCGAGCGGUUCGUUGAAGGACCUGAAGUCUCCGGCCAGCGCGACUUCGCCGCCGAGCGGUGGUCUGCCGACGGUGGCGGAGGUUAGGACGCCUCUGGAGAUGCCCGCGCCGACUCAUGGCACGCCCGGCGCGGCGCCGUUUGAGAGCGCCGAGGACGAGAAGAAGAGGCUGGAGCGUGAGGAGAGGGAGAGGAUCUUGAGGGAGGGCGGGUCUGGCUUGUCGGCGACGCGCCCUGGGGGCUUCGAGACGGCUGAGGAGGAGAAGAAGCGGCUGGAGAGGGAGGAGAGGGAAAGGUUGCUGAGGGGACAGACUGGCGCGAAUGCGGCUCCGGGAACGGGGCAUGGUGCCAGCGGGUCUCAGGAUGGGGAAGAGCUGCCUCCGUACCAGGACGUGGAUAUGUGAGAGGGAAAGAAAUGUCGAGGAAGUGUCUGCCGGACUGCUACGUAAAGCGAUCUAGUUUGGAUACCUUGUACAAUAGUCUUGCGGAAUCGUAAUGUACACGUCCGCGAAUCCUGAGUGGGUCACGGGGGUCACGUGGCGGUG